AUGAAAUCUCAAUUGGCUGUUCUUAAUGCGGUUGACCUUGGUGGACCACGUAGAGAAUUUUUUUCAUUGGUAUUGAGGCAGAUACAAGAGAAAUACUUUGAUCCUGUUCGGGAGUAUUCCAACAAUUAUGAAAUAAUUGGAAAGAUAUUUGCUUUAAGUAUACUCCAAAAUGGACCUUUGCCAAGAAUCCUAUCAGCCAGUUUAGUCGAGGAGGUGUUUAACAAUUCUUCACCAAGAUCUUUUGUGCAGGAUUUACGAAAAGGACUGAAUGCAUUAGGUUUAUACGAGCUGGCUUGUCAUCUUCCAACACUCAUUCAUCUUUUCACACCUCGUGAUGGACUGAAAAUUACAUUGAAGAUGCUUACAAACACCCUCAAGCCACAGUUUUCUCCAGAGGGAAGUAAUCGCAGACAAAAAGAAGGAAAAAUUUAUGCGAAGUUUGUGAAAUAUCUGAGAGAGGCUGCAAGUGGUAGACGUGGUGAGGUAACCCUUGCAAGAAUUCUUCAAUUUUGCACGGGAUGUGAAGAGGAACCACCUCUAGGUUACACAAUGCAACCAACAAUUGAAUUCAUUGAAAGAGAAUCAUUCCUGCCAACAGGAAAUACUUGCAUUAACAAAAUGCAGUUAACAAUUCCAAUUCAUGAUAUGCCAACAGAUGAAGCAAUGUUCCACUUUUUUGACUUUGCGUUUUGCAAUACAUACUUUGGUUUACAAUGAUUAAAAAAGCUUUGCAAAUCUA